ACCGAUAAAUCCAAGCAAAAAAAAAAACAAAAAAAAAAAAACGGCCAGACAUGCCGAUUUCCAGUCGCUUUCCUCCCGUCACUCACUGCAUUUUCGACAACGAUGGAACUCUUAUGGAUACCGAAAAGCUCUACUCCCAAGCCGUCGAAAUGACUGUCCUUCCCUAUAAUAAGAAGUACACCUUUGAACUUAAACUUCGCUGCAUGGGCUUGCCAGCCAUGGAGGUCAGCAAACUGAUAGUGAACGAAUUAAAAUUACCCAUAACGCCGGAACAGUUUCUCCAGGAAAAUUCGGCGAAUACACGACGCGUUUUAGAUCAUACACGACUGAUGCCUGGGGCUGAGCAGCUGGUGCUGCAUUUGCAUAACCAUCAAAUACCUAUGGCCAUUGCCACAAGCUCGGCGCGCCGCUCGUUCGCAAUUAAGGCUCGCCCCCACUUGGAGUUGUUGUCCUGCUUUAGUCACAUUGUGUACGGGUGUGAUCCGGAGCUGGAACAUGGCAAGCCAGCUCCCGAUAUUUUUCUAUUGGCCGCCUCGCGUUUCAAUUGCAGUGCACAGCCCGAAUGCUGUUUGGUGUUUGAGGACUCGCCGAACGGUGUGCAGGGAGCUCGCGCUGCGGGCAUGCAAUGCGUCAUGACUCCCGAUCCUCGCAUGCCAAAGGAAUACACGAAGUGCGCCACUCAAGUGCUGCCUUCGCUCCUUGAUUUUGUCCCAGAGGACUUUGGUUUGCCACCCUACGACACCUGCUCCCUGUUUCAGUUUGGCUAAAAAUUGUUUGGACUUGUCGGUCUAUGCUAAAUUUUCAGUUAAGAAAGGAAAGCAGAAAGUAUUCAAUCAAUGAAAUAUAUCCAAUAGUGAUGGCA